GGAACAAGGCCCUACUGAUGAGGCGUCUUGUCAAUAUGAAGCUCAAAAGUGGAACUUCUGUUGCCGAACAUACUAGUCAAUUUCAGAGUCUGGUAAAUCAACUAUCUUGUGUAGAAAUGCCACUUGGAGAUGAAAUGCAAUCUCUACUACUUCUUAGUUCCCUUCCUGAUAGUUGGGAGACACUAGUUGUUACUCUCAGCAACUCAGCCCCAGAUGGCAAACUUACCAUGUCUGUGGUCAAGGAUGCACUGUUCAAUGAGGAGGCAAGAAGGAAAGACAUGAGCACAGAUGAGACUCAUGCCCUUGUGACGGAGAAUCGAGGAAGAUCACAAGGAAAGCAACAAAGAAACAGUAGAGGAAAGUGGCAAAGCAGGGGCAAAAGUCGGGGGAGAUCAUCAGAUGGCCGGAAACCUUCUUAUACCUGCCACCAUUGCGGUAUAGAGGGUCACAUGAAGAAGAAUUGCUACAAAUUGCUAGAGGAGCGAGGCAAGAGCAAUUCUCAAGUGAAGAGCAAGGGUGGUGAAGCGCUCAUCACAAUCUCAGGUGAUGUGGCGUAUUGUACUAUCAAUGAUGAAACAUGCCUUCACGUCUCAAGAGAGGACACUGAAUGGGUGGUAGAUACUGCAGCAUCCUACCAUGUUACUCCCCACAGGUACUACUUCACAACUUACAAAGCUGGAGACUUUGGAGCAGUGAAGAUGGGCAAUUCCAGUUCAUCUGAAAUAGCUGGAAUUGGUGAUGUACAAAUAAAAACGAGUUCUGGGAGCACAAUCACUUUGAAGGGUGUCAGACAUGUUCCAGACCUUCGUCUCAAUCUCCUGUCAGUGGUAUGUCUUGACGAACAGGGGUAUGAAAACCACUUUAACAGGGGCACCUGGAAAAUGUCAAAGGGCGUUUUGACAAUCGCUCGAGGACAUGUUUGUGGCACAUUGUACAAAACCCAUUUGAGGAUUUGUACGGAUAGCCUCAACAUUGCUGAGGAGACUUCUCAGAAUCUGUGGCACCUGAGACUCGGCCACAUCGGUGAGAAAGGGCUGACUACCUUGAUCAAGAAGAACCUUAUCAACAUCGACAAGAAUGCUGCACUGGGUCCUUGCAGUCAUUGUCUGUUUGGUAAGCAUCAUAGAGUAUCAUUUAGUUCUACUUCAGCUAAAAGAUCAGAGUUGUUAAGUUUGGUACACUCCGACGUCUGUGGUCCUUUCGAGGUGGAAUCAAUCGGUGGAAGCAAAUAUUUUCUGACUUUUAUUGAUGAUGCUUCUCGGAAAGUGUGGGUGUAUUUCCUGAUUACGAAAGAUCAGGUAUUUGAGUGCUUCAAGACAUUUCACGUCUUGGUGGAACGUGAAACGGGAAAGAAGCUGAAAUGUCUCCGAUCUGAUAAUGGAGGCGAGUAUACUUCUAAGGCGUUCGAUGCAUAUUGUAGAGAAUAUGGCAUUCGACAUGAGAAGACAGUACCACGCACCCCUCAGCACAAUGGCGUUGCUGAAAGAAUGAACCGGACUAUCAUGGAGCGUGUCCGGAGCAUGCUGAAUAUGGCUAAGCUUCCGAAGUCAUUCUGGGCAGAAGCAGUCAACACCACAUGCUACCUUAUCAACCGAUCACCUUCGGUACCACUGAACUUUGAAGUUCCAGAGAGGUUAUGGACAGGUAAGGAUCCUACAUACUCACAUCUUAGAGUAUUUGGAUGUUCAUCAUAUGCACAUGUAUCCAAAGAGCUCAGACAGAAGCUCGAUGCAAGAACUAUCCCAUGCAUUUUCGUUGGCUAUGGAAAUGAAGAGUUUGGAUACAGGCUAUGGGAUCCUAAGGAGAAAAAGGUGUUCAGAAGUAGGGAUGUUGUGUUCCACGAAGAUUUGACAAUAGAAGACAUUGAAAAACCCACAAUGUCUCGGAAGUCAAAUGAGGGUGUUCAAGUUUCAAAUAAAGCACCAGAAGAGGACAAAGUGCAUGAAGAUAACUCAGAAACAGAAGAAGGCGAGGAGACAGAAGAGAGUGCAGAGCAAGGGGAGACACAAUCCACCCCGCCAGACACAGAUGAUGGUAGCUCUUCUCAGAUGGUUCCUACUGUUCGUAGAUCUGAACGAGGGCAUAUACCAUCGACAAGGUACACAUCAUCCGAAUAUCUUUUGUUAACUGAAGAUGGAGAACCGGAGAGUUUUCAAGAAGCUGUAUCUCAUAAGGAUAAAGAAAAAUGGCUAAUAGCAAUGUAGGAUGAGUUAGAAUCUCUGCAGAAAAAUCAAACUUAUGAGAUCGUAGAACUUCCUAAAGGGAAGAAGGCACUAAGGAACAAAUGGGUGUUCAAGCUGAAGAAGGAUGCAAGCGGACAAGUGGUGAAACACAAAGCUCGGUUGGUUGUCAAAGGGUUCCAGCAGAAGAAAGGAAUUGACUUUGAUGAGAUCUUUGCACCAGUUGUCAAGAUGACCUCAAUCCGAGUUAUUCUUGGCUUGGCAGCAAGUAUGAACUUGGAGCUUGAACAGAUGGAUGUGAAGACAACAUUUCUUCAUGGAGAUUUGAAAGAAGAAAUCUACAUGCAGCAGCCGGAAGGUUUUGAGAACUCAAAUGAUAACUUUGUGUGUAAGUUAUCUAAAAGUUUGUAUGGCUUGAAGCAGGCACCAAGGCAGUGGAAUAAGAAGUUUGACUCAUGCAUGAAGAGUCAAGGCUACAAGAAGACUACUGCAGAUGAGUGUGUAUACAUCAAGAAACUUCCAGACGGUACCUUCAUUGCUCUUCUACUAUAUGUAGACGACAUGUUGAUCGUUGGGAAAGAUGCAGUGAAGAUAAACCAACUGAAGAAAGAACUCUCUAAGUCUUUUGAUAUGAAAGACUUAGGACCGGCUCAACAGAUUCUUGGGAUGCAGAUCACUCGAGACAGGAAGAAUCGCAAGUUAUGGCUAUCUCAGGAGAAGUACAUUGAACGAGUACUUGAGAGAUUCAACAUGAAUGAUGCCAAGCCAGUAAGUGUUCCACUUGCGAAUCACUUCAAGUUGAGCAAAAGAACAUGCCCUACAUCCAAGGAAGAGAUCGGGGAGAUGUCAGCAGUUCCAUAUUCUUCAGCAGUUGGGAGUUUGAUGUACGCCAUGGUAUGCACAAGGCCAGACAUCGCACAGGCAGUGGGUACAGUGAGUCGUUUUCUCUCUAACCCCGGGAAGGAGCAUUGGGAGGCAGUCAAAUGGAUUCUCAAGUACUUGAAAGGUACCACGAAGUUAUGUCUUUGUUACGGAGGAGCUGAUCCAGUCUUGGAAGGCUACACAGAUGCUGAUAUGGCAGGAGAUACUGAUAGUAGAAAGUCUACUUCAGGAUAUAUCUACACUUUUGCAGGGGGAGCCGUUUCUUGGCAAUCAAGAUUGCAGAAGUGUGUCGCUUUAUCUACUACAGAAGCAGAAUACAUUGCUGCCGCUGAAGCAGGUAAGGAAAUGUUGUGGCUAAAGCAUUUUCUCCAAGAACUUGGGAUCCGGCAGAAAGAGUACAAGGUACAUUGUGACAGUCAGAGUGCUCUAGACUUGAGCAAGAAUUCUAUGUACCAUUCUCGUACAAAGCAUAUUGACAUUCGGUAUCAUUGGAUACGGGAGACGAUUGAUCAACAACUGUUGAGACUAGUGAAGAUCAAUACAAAGGAGAAUCCAUCAGACAUGCUGACGAAGGUGGUAACACGAGAUAAGCUAGAGCUAUGCAGAGACAUAGUCGGGAUGCUUGUUUUGAAUAUGCCUGGAAGGGGAGAAUUGAAGAAUUCAAUUUCCAGGUCAUAUCCAAGUACAAGCAAAUUGAAGAAUCCAAUUCCUAAUUUCCCUGAAGUUUCCUCCAUGUGCAAGAAUGACAAAGGGAUCUUCCAUACACCUAGGAGUGACCUUCCUUCCAACCACCAUUGAAGCUUCCUUCCACCUUCAUAGUACCUAGUUUUGGUGCUAUAAAUAGAGAGCUUGGAGAGUCUUUCUAUUAUCAAGCAAUUUA